CUUCUGAUGCCGCGUAAAAACAUGUAAAUAUCUCCAUAAAGAGUAAACUUAUAAACAUAUAACCUCACGGUUCUGACGGGAGGGGAUCUCUACGCGGGUACCGAGUCGUUUCUGUGUAACCGGAACGUACGGAAAGCGGUGUUAACGUUAAUAAACCGUCCUUAUUUACCGGAGUCCGUUAGAGAUGAGUGUGAUCUCCGGUGAAACACGGUAAAUAACCCCGUUAAUCACGUCCUAACGCCUCUAAUGAGCUGUUACAUCCAGGAGACGAGUACAUGCAUCACAUGUAGACCUCUCGGUGUUGCUGGUUUGUUUAAAUCUCAGCUCAGAUUUAAACAUUUAGCGGGUUUCUGUGAACCGGGAACGCGCAUGCGCAGUGCGCGGCGGCCGUAUGCGGAUAUAAGGAGGAUUGGCGCCGGCGCCACAGCUGAUGCAUUCAUUCAUUGAUCAGCCAGGAGCGGAGCCAUAAAUACACUCGACACAAUGUCCAGACGCAGUGGUCGCAUCACUUUGCAACCUAGAGAUUCAAACACAAUUGAGCUGACCCUCAGAGCCCCACUGAAGAAAAGGAAAUCAGAGCCCUCCAGGAAAAAACUACAACCUGCUGCCAAGAAACAAAGCUAUGAAAUACAGAAGUGUUGGUCGGAGGACGGAGCGAGCCCGUGCGUCCUCAUCGAAACUCCCCACAAAGAGCUGGAACCUGCAGAUCCGUCCAGCUUCAAGCAGUACAGAUUCAUGAACCUCUUCAUCAAGGCCUCCCCCAUUCCCCAACUCAGCUGGGCCAGCUCAGACGACGUGUGGAUCAAAAUGCUCAACAAGGAGCUGAAGUACGUUCAUGACAAGAGCUACCUGCAGCGGCAUCCCAAACUGCAGCCCAAGAUGAGGGCGAUUCUGCUGGACUGGCUGCUGGAGGUGUGUGAGGUGUACUCCCUCCACCGGCAGACGGCCUACCUCGCUCAGGACUUCUUCGACCGCUUCAUGCUGACUCAGGAGAACGUCAACAAAGACUACUUGCAGCUCAUCGGCAUCACAGCGCUCUUCAUCGCCUCCAAGAUAGAGGAAAUCUACCCUCCUAAAAUCUUAGAGUUCGCCUACGUCACAGAUGGAGCCUGUGAAACUUGGGACAUCCAGCGUACAGAGCUUCACAUACUAAAGGCGUUGAACUGGAAUCUGUGUCCGGAGACGCCCAUCUCCUGGUUGAAGCUGUACGCCCAGGUGGAGGCCCAGACGGACGGAGAGAACUUCCUGGUGCCGCAGUUCUCCCAGGAAACGUACAUCCAGAUCACACAGCUAUUGGACCUGUGCAUGCUGGAUGUCACCUCGUUGGACUACAGCUACAGUGUUCUUGCUGCGGCCGCCUUCUGCCACUUCUCCACGUUUGAUGUCGUUCAUAAAGUCUCAGGCCUGAUGUGGGACGGCGUGGCUCCUUGUGUUCGGUGGAUGAGUCCCUUCAUGGACGUGCUGCGAUCUCAAGCCAAACCUCAACUCAAGAACUUCCCCAAAGUGAAACCUGACGCCCGACACAACAUCCAGACGCACGUGGCUUAUCUGGACCUGCUGAAAAAAUGUCAGGACCAUCAACUCGACAGCCUCGACUGUCAGCUGUCGCCCGUCGCCGUGGGAACAAUUCUGACUCCGCCCAGCAGCACAGAGAAACCAGCCAAUCCUUGAGCAGGACACGCCCAGCGAGGACACGCUACCUCCCCGUACAGUUUUUGACCUGAAGGUACCUCUCACACCACGUCCGGUCCGCACCAAAUGGGAUGCGAUUUUAGGACAAGAUUAACUUAAUGUAGCACGUUUUAAUUUAAUUCCGUUUUAAACACUAAAUCAGGAACUCUGAUUCCUGUCAGUAUUUUUAUUAAUUUGGUUUUAUAAAACAAUUUAUAGGAUAAUUAGUUUAAAUUUGAGCAGCAGCGACCGGAGUCCACUGAUGUAAAGUGGGGACGCAAACUGUUUUUGUUUUUUAUUAUUAUUAUUAUUAUUUUUAAAGUGUUUUUUUUGAGAGGAAACCAAAACAUUUUAUACCUGUGAGGUAUUUAUCUUGGAGUUUUACUGGUGCUAUUCUUGAACUUUGAGGCUUAAAUGCUUUCAGAUGGUGCUUCAGUUAGAUUCUCAGGAACAUUUAAGUGAGGAAUCUCAUUUCAUUCAGCUCUGAAAGUUGAAAUCUCCCUCAUGAAUUCCAAUUUAAAUAGUGUGCUCGCCACAAGAAAAUGUGAUUUAUCUACAAAGCGAGCCCGCUCUGUGUUUUGCUACGCGAGCCAUACGAACAAUCAAGACACUUUAUUAGCUGUUUAACAUCCGGGAGGUGUUUUGAACGCACCUGACCUGUUUGCGUGGCUCAACAAUUCCCCCUUUUUAAUCUUUUAUUAUAGUUGCAACCUGGUUGCACAAUUUUGUUACAUUCCUGGGAAACUUGACUUGCAUAGGAAAACUGCACACGAUUGUGCAAGGUUUUUGCUUUUCAUUUUUAAGUGCUUGUAUUUAUUGAUAAGCCUUAGUAUGUAAAAACAAAAUGUCUGUCUAUAUGUAAAAAAAAAUAAAAAACAUUUCAGUUUGAUUGCUGCCAAAGGCAAAAGCUAUUUAUGAUUUUGCUGUGACACCUGUUGUUGAAAUACAGUUCCUCAUUAAAUGUUGUACACUAGCCUGUCAUUUCUUAGUGCCUUUAAAAUAAAUAUGAACUGUACAGCUACUUGAGAUGAGCUGCAGUGAGCCCAAAGGCUGUUCAACAACCUGUGACUGUAAACCGUAAGCUCCUCAGCUCGAUGGAAACUCUGCAGUGAAAAACAACCAUGUGAACUGUAUGCAGAUGUUAACGAAUGUACCUUUGUAAAUAGAGCAAUUCAGAAAUGUGUAAUUUUCUUUUAUAUUGUAAUGUUUUAAAUAAAUGGAGUGAAAUGAAA